AUGUAUUCGGACAUAUACAGGAGAGUGCUGGACGCUUAUAAGCUUAGUUUUGUUGCUGGAGGGGGUAUCAAUAAUCUUUUCCUUACAGCGUGGGAGUUGGCUAGGACAUGUCUCCGCUCAGCUGUGGAGGCAAAAUGUUUACUUGUGAAUGUGUACGUCAUGGGCGGGCUGCAGAAUGAUGAAUGGAUCACUGGUAUAGUAGAUAUGGUCAUUCGAAGUGUACUCGAAAUAUUACAGAGAAUCUAA